AUUACAAAAAUAAAAAAAAAUUUAAAAGCAGAAAAUAGGAAUAACAAAAUUUUUGCAUGCGUUGUGUUUUGUAUUUAUUCUUUACGCGCAAAUCCCACAAAAAUUGCCCUCAAACAUUAGCCAUAAGAGCAACAGCGAAAACUUUGCAAAGCAAUGUCCUUCCUCAAAAAGCUAGCGCAAUGUGUUAUAGCAACAGUGCGAAGGAAAAAUUUAACAAAUGAAAUAUCAAAUACCUUCUUCGACAUCUUACGCGGCGAAUCGACGAAAGUGCAAAGCGCCAAAGCGCGCUGCCCAACACAGCAACGGCAACAGCCUCGCCGUAAAAGAGACACAAAAGCGAUCUAUUAUCGCUCACAUUGCGCUAAACCUUAUCCGUUGUGCGGCGUGAAGGCCGAAUCACUCAAAACAUGUCGGCCACAACGCACUUGGCUCUUGGAUGUGGAGAAAUGUUGCAAUGAGCUAUGCAAAUGGGCACAUCCACGCUUCGAUGAUCUCUACUACAUGCCUAGCGAUAAGCUGAAUAUGAAAUAUCAACGCACUUGGUGUGAAUUUCAGCCAAUCUAUGUGCUGGAACGUGGUAUAUGCUGUCACGAACAAACUAACUAUCCAGUAGCAAAGCGACGAAAGCCGAAAAAACCCAUACCGAUUUGUGAGGACAUGCGUACCUGUCGACUGGCGCUGGUCUGUCGCAAUCACUUGUCGAAACGUUGUGCAAAACUUACAUGGCCUGGCUGCAAACCGGUGCGUGAGCCACCAGAUUGUAAAUUAAAGCGAGUGGACUGUGGCUCUCGACCAGCGACGCCCUAUCCGUCUUUCUCUGAGUGUCGCAAAGAGAAGGUUACACCGCUGAAACCAAUCGAAUGUCGUUGCCUAAAAUACGAGCCGCGCUGUGUGGCGCGAUAAAAUGCGAGCAAUGAGAGUUGAAGGGGAAAGGCUCUGCAGCUUUUAUGGGAAGGUGGACUUGUCAGUCAUGAUCGCAGCGCGUUUGAGUGCAAUUUUCGUCAAAUGUUAAUUUCAUUGCCUGCAAACUUUGUCGGUCACUAGUUUUUGAAAACUCCAAUGGAUUUUGAUUUUUUGGAAUUUUGAAAAACUAGCGUCUUUCGAAGUUUUGGGUUCCGCUCUUCCACAAGGAAACGUAAAAUUUUAUGUCUUUGAGUUAUUAAUGUAAUUUGUAUAGAAAAAA